CGAACUGAUACUGUCUUCUAACAUUUGUCUUCAGAUCAAUCCAUCGACAGCAUGGCAUACACUAAGAUCCUCUCACUGCUAAUCCUCGCUGUGAUGAUCAGCGUCGCUACUGCACGUCCUGGUGGAUUCUAUGGUGGUUAUGGUUACGGUGGCUAUGGAUUCGGUCAUGGUCUAGGCUACCACUAUCCCUACUACUAUGGCUACCGUUACCCUUACUACGGUCAUUACUUUGGAUACCCCUUCUACGGCCACGGCUACGGAGGUUACUACGGUCUUUACUAAACUCACCCAAUCCAGGACUUCUCAGGCUCGGACGAUGAUUUGAUCAAUAAUUUCCUUAAAAAAAAUUCACUUUUUUUACUGUUUGUUUACUGUUUUAAAAAAAUGUUUUAAUAAACGCAAGUGUU